GGCUGAUUCAUCGCUGGUUCGCGGAGCCAGAGCCCGGCCGAGACUGAGCUGCUGCUGUCGCUGUCGCCGCCGCCGCGUCACCGCUGCUGGAAGACAAGGGUGCAGCCCGUGGCCUCCCGCUCCGCCUGCCUUCAGGAGAGAGGAAAAAAAACCACAAAAACUUGGGGAAAAUUAUACCUGCCAGUAUUAGCAAGAGCUUGAGUUAAGAAGAAAUUUGUCAGACUCAACAAAUUGAAGCUUAACACCACAAGAAUUGUAGUUAACUGACCAGAAAUAUGGACAGACUUCUUAGACUUGGAGGAGGUAUGCCUGGACUGGGCCAGGGUCAAGUCACGGAACUAACAAGAAGUGGAACUAGAGGUGGAACACAAGUCUUUCUGAUGCCAAAGCCUAUUCUACAUCAAGGACAUAUCCUCAGGGGCCACCUACAGAUGCUCCUGCAGUGGACACAGCAGAACAAGUCUAUAUCUCUUCCCUGGCGCUGUUAAAAAUGUUAAAACAUGGUCGUGCUGGAGUUCCAAUGGAAGUUAUGGGUCUGAUGCUUGGAGAAUUUGUUGAUGAUUACACCGUCAGAGUGAUUGAUGUGUUUGCUAUGCCACAGUCAGGAACAGGUGUCAGUGUGGAGGCAGUUGACCCAGUGUUCCAAGCCAAAAUGCUGGAUAUGUUGAAGCAGACAGGGAGGCCUGAGAUGGUUGUUGGUUGGUAUCACAGUCACCCUGGCUUUGGUUGUUGGCUUUCUGGUGUGGAUAUCAACACUCAGCAGAGCUUUGAAGCCUUGUCGGAGAGAGCUGUGGCAGUGGUUGUGGAUCCCAUUCAGAGUGUAAAAGGAAAGGUUGUUAUUGAUGCCUUCAGAUUGAUCAAUGCUAAUAUGAUGGUCUUAGGACAUGAACCAAGACAGACAACCUCAAAUCUGGGUCACCUAAACAAGCCAUCUAUCCAGGCGUUAAUUCAUGGACUAAACAGACAUUAUUACUCCAUUACUAUUAACUAUCGGAAAAAUGAACUGGAACAGAAGAUGUUGUUAAAUUUGCAUAAGAAGAGUUGGAUGGAAGGUUUGACACUUCAAGACUACAGCGAACACUGUAAACACAAUGAAUCAGUGGUAAAAGAGAUGUUGGAAUUAGCCAAAAAUUACAAUAAGGCUGUAGAAGAAGAAGAUAAGAUGACACCUGAACAGCUGGCAAUAAAGAACGUUGGCAAGCAGGACCCCAAACGUCAUUUGGAGGAACAUGUGGAUGUACUUAUGACUUCAAACAUUGUCCAGUGUUUAGCAGCUAUGUUGGAUACUGUUGUAUUUAAAUAAAGCGAUGCAAAAAGCUCUUAGUGAUACUUUCAGUGUAUAGUCCCUCUGUUGUUCCUAAUGCUCAAAAUCAAGGGACCUCUGAAGGUGUAUUUGGUUAAAUGUAAGACAUCUGGCAUCAUUUGCAGCACUGUAACACCUUCAGUCUCCGUUGUGCAAUUACUUCUGUUCCUUUAGUCGGGGUCUUUGCAGAUUCCAAAGUUGUAUAAGAAUACAUCAAAGUGGACAAAUUUUGUUAAGAUCCCAUUUAAUAUUUGAAGAAAUCAGUAACCCAAAUAUAUUUUGAUUGUUGCUUACAAAAUAAAAUACAUUUACAAUCUA